AUGAUUUCAGGCAAUGAAACGUUACGAGCCCAUAUGUACAAACAGCACCAAAUCUCUCGUAUGUUCAUGUGUCGAUGCUGUAAUUGGGCGUUUCCGGACAAGACGAGUUUACACAUGCAUAUCCAGGCCAGAGAAGAAGGAAAAUCAAUAACGGUUCCGGUGAUUGGCAAAGGGUUGGCACCAGAUGGUGUGGAUUCACCUUAUGCGAAUCUGCAUCCAAUCAACAACAACACGCUGCCACAAAUGCAAAAUCCUGGAGUGCUGACUCCAACGCCGGGACUCUCAUUUUUCUCAGCCCCACCGCCACCUUUGACGUCUUCUGCGGAAGAUAUGAGCCGUCUUCGUGAUCGCUUGGUCUUGAACUCCUUGAUGACCCAGCCGGGCUUUGGCCUAGCCGCUGCCUGGCUUAACAACCUGCCCAAACCUAUUCCUACUACAAAACCGUUGGUGGACUUGAUGAAAAAGGAAUCACGAGAAGAGGACGAAUGCGAAGUGAACGUUGAAAAUGACUCAGCUCACACCGAUGAUGACAAGAAUGUCGAUUCUCGUUUUGUUAUUUCUCCAUCGCAUGUAUCGCCGUCAGAAACGCACUCAUCGGCCAGUCCGAAUGGCUGCUACGAUUGCGCCGUGUACAAGACCAAGUUGACUAUGGCUGACAACAAAUGUCGAUAUCUGGAAAGCAGGGGGAACACUUUACAGGAGCAGGCGGUUCGUUUCAUGCAAUGCGAUCGUGCGUCAAAUCCACAAGCAGUUGCCCUUUUUAUGAAUCACCUGAUACAGUCGACGAUUAUUCGCUAA